AUGGUAGUCUCUUUCAUUUCUCCCCGUUUGUACUGGUUUUUGAACCUGGGAGUGUGCCAGCUGUACCCGGGAUACCUGACGUUCCUGUAUUUGUACGGCAGAAGGGUCGGCCUGACGACCUCGUCUGAGAACACGGUUCUCAAGGGGGUGUACUACGCCCACCACUUCGUGUACUGGGCGAUAUACCUGCUCUACUCGUACGCCGAGUCCCUGGUCCCCUUCCACAAGGUGGUCCCAUUUUACUACGAGCUGAAGCUGCUCUUUUUUUUCUGGCUGGGAUCCGACCACUUCAGGGGUGCAGGGUAUUUGUUUCAGACUUACUUUGGCACCCUCGUGAACCACGCGAGUGCGAAGCUGCGGAGCCUCCUCGACACGAGCGUGGACGAGAAGACCAAGGACGCGGUGUCGGACUUUCUGAAAAACCUGGGAAGCUUCGGCGACAUUAAGGAUUCGAAGCCCGUGAGGCGGCAGAGCCCGCCCAAUGCUUCCGGCUCCGACAAUCCCUUAAGAUCUGAAAGCCUAUAUGUGAAACCUCUAGUACAUGUUACUUUCGUACAUAGCGGAUAUAACUCGUUGAUAAACAUGUUCACACAGCAGCUGCGCACUCAUCCACGGCAUAUUCGCUUACACACAGAGCAAAUACACAGGGACAACACAAGUACACACACAACAUAA